GGUAGGUUCGAAUUUGAAACCACGAGAGGAGACAUGAAAACGUCGAGGAGAGAAAUCGUGUUCAUGUUUGUCUUAGCAAUAACCAUCUUUCUCCCCAUUGUAAAAUCACAAACUUUUGAUGACUUCUGGUUCGUUCAACAAUGGCCACCCGCUGUUUGUAGUUUCCAACAAGGACGAUGUGUCGGACAAGGGCUACGAACCUUCACAAUCCAUGGCGUGUGGCCGCAAAAGGGAGGCACCUCUGUUGUUAAUUGCCCUGGCACUCCCUUCGAUUUCACGAAGAUUUCAAGUUUAGAAACUGAUUUGAAUAGAGUAUGGCCGAACGUUAUAACGGGAGACAACAAAUUUUUCUGGUCACAUGAGUGGAACAAGCAUGGGGUUUGCUCAGAGAGUAAAUUCAACAUGAAAGCGUACUUCCAAAUGGCUAUUAAUAUGAGAAAUAGUAUCGAUCUUAUGAAUGCCCUCAAAGUUGGUGGGUUAGCACCAAACGGGCUCAGCAAGUCAAAGCAAAGAGUACAGAGUGCACUACGAACACACUUUGGGAAGGAACCUGUUCUUCGCUGUAGAGGAACUGGCAGCAACAUCCGAUUGAUAGAGAUUGUGAUGUGUUUUGACGAUGAUGGUGUCACUCUUAUCAACUGUAAUCCUGUCAGUUCCAACUGUGCUAAUAGCUUUAUAUUUUGAAAACGCUCUAAUCUCAUGUGAUAAUAAUGUUUAUUUAUUUUCUAAAUAAACUUGGUGCUACUGUUCACCAUGGUGGUUUGUGUACCAUUCUAAAGUUGUUUUUAUUUUAAAGACAUGAAUAUCUAUAAUAUUUGGAAGUUAAACG